AGAAAAUUACUUUUUGAUAGUUGUAUCAAUCAAGCUCACCGCCAUAUUAAAUCUAACAUCAUACAGACAUGUGCUGCCGUGAGGGAUAUCACAGUUAGAGCCAAAAUUUUUGUGAAUUACUAUGUCUUGUUGAACCCAAGUGGACAAGUCCACAAUGGUAUCUUUAAGAAAAACUUUUGGUACAGCAUGUGUCAACUGAUAAACAGCCAAAGAAUCACAAACCAGAAAGACAUACCAGCCGAAUUAAUUAAUAUUUGGAACGAUUUUCAUAACAGAUACAGACAUGCCAAAGUGAAUAUCACACUUCUUCCAGGUGCCAGUCAGUGUAUCUCAGAAGCAUGCACUGAAAUCGAAACGCUGUAUAAUAACAUGAUUGUCGAAACAUUCGAGCUUAAGCUUCUGUCUUUUCUUCGCUACAAGGUCCAAAUGCUAUUACCGAAUGUCACAAAACGCUCUGUAAUUGAUUCAAUCUCUCGUGAAUACUGCUACCAAUUCAUUUGCCAAGGGAACUCUAUCUGGCCUGAAGAUGACUGCAUAAAUGAAGGAGUAAAAACAGUCAUCCGCGAUAUGUGCAUACCUUUCAAGCAGGCACUAAACAGAAAAGUUACCUUGAACGAACUUGCAAAAGAUCCAGGUGCAUUUGUCCAAUUUUUAUUAUUUCUCAAUGCCGGAUUGGAGCGCGAAAUCGAAGAACAUAAUCCUUACGAUGUGAGGCGACUCCCACUGCCAAAGCUCAUUUCGGUGUUACCAAAAGCAUCAGCACAUUGGAGAUCAAUCACAAUAAGUGUGAACGCUUUAUCAUGUUUUACAAAAACGUCACUGCCACGGGGAUUUCAAAGACAGCUAAGAUUGUUUUAUGAUGUUUUCAAUUUUGGGAAACUGCGAUACAGAGAGUGA